CUUCACUGAACAGCAAUUUGCUGCAUUCAUGCAUAAUCUGUGUCCUUGCAUUGCCAUUACUGGCAUUAGCAUCGGAGUUUGGAGCUUGAUUAGACUUACGCUCUUGGACAUCCUGACAGUGGCAGUGCAAAGCGCUUUUCUCUUGAUCUUCCUCGUUAAAAAGUUGAAGGGAAGGCGCCAAAUAUGGCCAAUGGAUCCGCCUGCCGCUCUCUUUCUGCUGUCGGAUCCUUCAUUGGCCAAACUGAAAGCUACACUUGCCAAGCAAACAGGCGCUCGUCGCUCGCAUUCGCAUUCCACUCGAAGAAUCUCCAAGCAGUCUCCAGUGGAAGGUAUUCGGAAGCCAAUGCAGCCACUCUGCUGCCAUCUUUGAACUCGUCUUUCAACGGCAUCAGCAGCAUUGCUCUGCACGCCACCCAGCGGCCGUGCACACCUGCUUCUCAGGCCAGACAAAGAGGUGGCGCCGUCACUGCCAGUGCUUCCAGGAAGGUACUGCUUGUCAACACACACGCGGGAGGCCAUGCGGUGAUUGGCUUCUGGCUGGCCAAGCAACUGCAGGAGGACGGCCAUAAAGUGACGUUCUUCAUUGCAGGAGAUGAGUCAUCCGACAAGAACAAGAAGGAACCCUUCACCAAGCUGGAGGAGUUGCGCUCAGCUGGCGUGAAAGUAGUGUGGGGCUCUCCUGCUAAAGUUGGCGGCGCUGUUGAGGGUAGCUUUGACACAGUCAUCGACAACAAUGGCAAGGACCUGGAGUCUGUCCAGCCUGUGGCGGAGUGGGCUCUGAGCAACGGCGCGUCGCAGUUCCUGUUUGUGAGCAGCGCAGGAAUCUACAAGAACACCGAGGAGCCUCCUCAUGUUGAGGGGGACCCGGUGAAGGCGGACGCGGGCCACGUGCAGGUGGAGAAGUACCUGAACGAGGCCGGCUUCUCAAGCGGGGCCGCCUUCUUCCGGCCGCAGUACAUCACUGGCAAGUACAACAACAAGGACUGCGAGGAGUGGUUCUUCGACAGGAUUGCGCGUGACCGCGCUGUGCCUAUCCCUGGGUCGGGGAUGCAGAUCACCAACAUCACCCCGGUCACGGACCUGGCGGCCAUUCUGGCGGCGGCGGUGAACCAGCCGGAGAAGGCGGCGGGGCAGGUGUUCAACCUGGUUGGGGACAGGGGGGUCACCUUCGACGGGCUGGUGCGCUUGGCGGCCAAGGCUGCGGGCAAGGACCCGAAGGAGGUCAAGAUCGUGCACUACGACCCCAAGAAGGCCGACGUGGACGUCAAGAAGGCCUUCCCCUUCAGGAACGUGCACUUCUAUGCUGAGCCGCGCGCCGCCAAGAAGCUGUUGGGGGUGACGCCCCAGGCCCAGCUGCUGGACGUGUUGACGGCGCGGUACCAGGAUUACGUCGCGAGCGGGCGGAACAAGAAGGACCUCAAGGACAAGCUCGCGCUGGACGACAAGAUCCUCAAGUCAGUCAAGUAAAGGGCGGCUCGUGAACACGCACGCACAGGUGUUGGCUGCGCGGCGUAUGCCGGGCUCGAUCUCGAAUGAGCUGAGCAUGAAACUCGAGUUGGAGAUAUGAAUACUUGAGGAGAGGAUUCAGGGUUGCCAACCUCUCAACAUUGAGAACGAUUUUGUACUUGGCAGCCUGAUGUUCUUACAUUUUGUUACGUCGGAUCGGUAACGACCGUCCGGCCAUGUUGCAAUCCUGAAUUCGUGGUCACCAUCAAACGUUCAACACAAGGACCUACAGGAUCCCGUACACGCGGUUGGACAGUCGUACAGAUUAUUGGCAGAUUGUCAAGUUGCUCCAAUCAUUGUAACCGGCCG